CGUUCGUAACGUCAUAUUCUGACAAUUGCUUCUGUGUAACGAUGAGAAUAUCACUUUUAUUUUAUAUUUAUCUCAUAGACUGUGUGACGUCUUCUGCAGAAAACUCUCCAAGAAUAAUAAUUGUUGGUUCAGGUGCAUCUGGUAUUGCAGCAGCUUCAAGACUUCUGCUAAAUGGAUUUUCUGAUAUCACUAUUUUUGAAGCGGAACAUCGAAUUGGCGGGAGAAUUUUUUCUACAAAAAUCGGUGAAUAUAUAGUCGACAUAGGAGCCGAGUGGGUUCAUGGAGAAAAAAAUAAUGCGGCAUUUAGAUUAGCGUGGCCGUUGGAUCUUCUUGAAAAAUCUACUGAACAUAAAGGUUUUAACUGGACAAAUAAAAUUUUUGGAUCAUCAGGGCACAUAAUACCUGAAGAAAUAGCAACUCCGCUAUUACUUCAUGUUGAUGAUGAGAAAAAAGAUGAGUUCGUAGAUAUAAACAAAUUAAAAACUGGCUCAUUUGGCGAAUUAGUAGAAAUUCAAUUCAAUCGUUACUUCAAAAAACAUCCAGAAAUAACUCCUGAUCUUCAUAAGCCAUUGUUACAUUUAUUAGAUAUGUUAACAAUGAUAUCAAGUGCUGGAAAAACCUGGCAUGAAAUUUCAUCAAAAGGUCCAAAAGAUUACGACUACUCGGAAGGUGAUCAACUAAUUAAUUGGAAAGAACGAAGUUACUCUACUAUUUUAGAUAUACUUAUGAAAAAAUAUCCAAAUCCAGAAGAAGAGCUUCCAGUAAAAAAUGCAACUAAAUUACAUACCAAAGUUACUGAAAUAAAAUUGAAUAAAAACCAUCCUGUUGUCAAAGUGACAACUGCUGAUGGGUGUGAAUAUUUUGCUGACCACGUCAUAGUAACAGUAUCUUUAGGUGUACUCCAAAAACAUUGUGAUAAAUUAUUCAGUCCGCCCCUGCCUAAAACAAAACUAAAUGCAAUUAAAAAUUAUUCUUUUGGGCAUACAGCUAAAAUAAUUCUUUAUUAUGAUAAUCCUUGGUGGUUAGAUGAUCCAGUUUAUAGCAGAGCUAUUUACUGGACUGAAGAAGACAGACGCGAAAUUGAAAAUGACCCGCAAAAAAGGUGGAUGCUGGGAAUUUCUGAAGGAGAGAGAGUCGAAUACAGGCCGAAAUUAAUUCUUUUCUGGGUAACUGGGCCGUAUGUAACUGAGAUGGAGUUGAUUCCUGAAGAAUUGUUUCGACAACAAGUAAAACAAUUUAUUAAAAAAUUUUUUGGAAAAACCUAUAAGCUUACAGAGCCGGCGAUAGUAAAGAGGAGUCUUUGGAAUUCCAAUGAAAAUUUUUUAGGAACUUACAGCUUCCGCGGGCUACAAGCUGAUGCCGCUGAUGUUCAUAUUGAAGAUUUGGCUGAACCAGUUGUACAAUACAAUAAACCUGUACUGCAGUUCGCUGGUGAAGUUACCUCUCAUAAGUAUAGUACAGUUCACGGAGCGAUUGAAUCCGGAUGGCGUGAAGCUAAUCGCAUAAUAAAGUAUUAUAGUAAAAAAAAAAUAAUUAUUAAAAAAUUCGUACUCUAUAAAUUAUGGGAACCUGUUCUCAUUGUUUUGUAAUUUACUUCACCGCAUACUUUAUUGAAUCUAUGAUGAAAAGUACAAUUUCUAUAGAGAAUAGAACCAGCUUGAGUUAUUCCUUAAGUAUCUUGAGA